UUCAAGAUGGCGGAUGGUGUUGCCGGGUUCGGCUCGCACCUCCAGUUCCUACGUUGAUCGGUAUAGGCGAGAAGUAGUUUCCCUGCUACGCUGGUGAGCACUGAGCAAUAGAGCCCCCCGUCUCAGAGGCCGGCGAAACGUGACACGCGUACCCGCGCACAGUUAGUUCCGUUCAGAGAAAGGAGGCUAAUCGGGGGCGCGCACGCAGCCUCACAGUGCCGCUCCCGCGCACGCACCGCAAGGACCGCUCCCCCGUCUCAGGGCCGCCGAUGAGGCAGGAGUGAGCAGGGCGAGUGUGUAAGAUGGCGGACUUCCUGCCGUCCCACUCGAUGUUUUCCGUGUGCUUUCCUAAUUGUGUGCUCAACAGCCGGGAGGCCGACCAGCAGCGCAAGUCCAAGGAGAUCGAUCGCUGCCUAUCCCGGGAGAAAACUUAUGUCAAACGCCUGGUGAAGAUCCUGUUGCUCGGGGCCGGGGAGAGCGGCAAAUCUACUUUCCUCAAGCAGAUGCGCAUUAUCCACGGGCAGGACUUCGAUCUGCGGGCCAAGGAGGAGUUCCGGUCCACCAUCUACAGCAAUGUCAUCAAAGGUAUCCGGGUACUGGUGGAUGCACGAGAGAAGCUCCACAUUCCAUGGGGCGAAUCAGCCAAUCAGAAGCACGGAGAGGUGAUGAUGGCUUUUGACACAAGGUCAGCCAUGGUGGCCCAGGGUAUGGUGGAAACUCAAGUAUUCAUGGCACACCUGGUAUCGAUUAGGGCAUUGUGGGCAGACAGUGGCAUACAGACGGCUUACGAUCGGCGCAGAGAAUUUCAAUUGGGGGAAUCUGUGAAGUAUUUCUUGGACAAUCUGGGCAAGCUCGGUGACAAGGAUUAUCUUCCAACCCAGCAAGACAUCCUGCUAGCCCGACGGCCCACCAAAGGAAUUCAUGAAUAUGACUUUGAGAUCAAAAAUGUUCCCUUCAAGAUGGUAGAUGUGGGAGGUCAGAGGUCAGAGCGCAAGCGCUGGUUUGAGUGUUUUGACAGCGUGACCUCCAUACUUUUCCUGGUGUCAUCGAGUGAAUACGACCAAGUCCUGAUGGAAGACAGGCAGACAAACCGCCUCACUGAGUCUCUGAACAUCUUUGAAACAAUAGUCAACAACCGCGUGUUCAGCAACGUCUCCAUCAUCCUAUUCCUAAACAAGACUGACUUGCUGGAGGAGAAAGUAAAAAUAGUGAGCAUUAAGGACUAUUUUGCAGAUUUCGAAGGAGAGCCCCACUGCCUUGAAGAUGUGCAAAAGUUCUUGGUAAAUUGUUUCCGAAACAAGCGGCGGGAUCAGCAGCAGAAACCUCUCUACCAUCACUUCACCACCGCCAUAAACACGGAGAACAUUCGCCUGGUUUUCCGCGAUGUUAAAGAUACCAUUCUUCACGAUAACCUCAAGCAGUUAAUGCUGCAGUAAUGACUUUUAGUGGGUUUUAAUGUGCCAUUUUAUAGGCUUUGUUUCCCCUUUUUAAGUUUACAUAGUGAGAGCUAAAAUGAGUUUUAUAUUUCUUUUUGGAUUGAGCGAUCUUGGCUUCUAUCGGACGUCUGGCUGAACUCUCAUCUGCUACCUAGUAUUGCCCUAUUUUACAAAAGAAGCCUCACUCUAAGCUGUAAGCAACAGACUUCGCACGAAAUGUGUUCACUUCCAUGAUUUUAUUUCUAGUUCUUUUGCAACUUUUGGAUAUUGCUGUGAUGCUUCAGGCAUGAGUAUCACAGCUGUUGUUCAACUCCCAGACCCCACCAGAGAUAAGCACAAAGAUGUUUUUAAACAAGGUUUGUUGUUUCUUUAAAAGAACAGUAACACCAAAAACUGAAAGUAUCUUAAAUGACAAUAUAAUGUACUGUUGCGCUGCACUGGUAAAACUUCUGCGUUUACUUCAGAAACUAUUAUAGUAAUAGAAACUACUAUAGUUUAUAUAACAAGUUGCUGUGUAGCAGCCAUUCAAGCACAGGAUAUACAGUAGAUAAUAAAUACGUAUUAAGAAUCCCAUUGUAUACUACAGAGCUUACGUAUUCUGUGUUUUUCUCCUUUUCCAGCUUUAAAUGGCUGCCAUGUCUACACAGCAGUUUGUUAUAUAAACUAUAGUAGCUUUCCUGAAGAAACACACCAGCGCAGCUUAACAGUACAUUAUAUUUUCAUUCGUUUAAAAGACUUUUAAAUGUUUGCUGUUACUGUACUGUUAAGUUGGAAAUGUACGUUUUUACAAGAUAUUUAGAUCAAAUAGAUAUUUUGUUAUGCAAGUAUUUACAGGCAAUGCCCCGAUUGGCACAACCUGUACUUUUAUCAUGAUUUUGAGAUUUUGCCAUUUGCUUACACAGUGUCCGUGGAACAGGAGCCAGUGAACGGCAUAUAACAAUCGUAUUUUAGUCAUGCACUUUUAGUUCAGUACAAAUGGAUUCUUUCUAUUUUUGCAGAAUUAGAAUUCUUUGUUUAAGGUAAUGGAAUUGUUUCUACUAAUAUGAAGAGAAUCCAGGCGUAGCGCUAGGUUAGGAAGGUAGCAGUUCUACAUUAGAGACCCAGCCUGCUGUCUGCACAGGAGGGAAUUCUUUUUAUACAGCAUUUUUAUUUGAAGCUUCUAUGCUGGUUUUAGAAUAAAAAGUGGUCCCGGUGCCAUAUUAUUUAGGUUA